AUGAACACGGUCCUGCGCUGCCACGCGCUGCUUUGCGAGAUCACUGCGUUCCAGCACGGCCUUUUGUUCGACCUGCGCCCGCUCUACCGCGAGUGGACGACGAUGACCGAUCGAUUCGGCAACAUUGUGUCGCUACCGCCUCGGUACCUUCCAUACGCCAUCGCCCGCGAGGUGGCGGCGCACCCGCCCAUCUACACGAGCUUCUACUACCUCGGCUUGGACACGCGGCGGCCAGACCCGCGCUUCCUCGUCUUUAUGGCCGUCGUCAUGGGCGACCUCGACAAUAUGCUGCGAUGGCUGCGCUGCAUGGACGCGCCGCCAUCGCGUCUUCUCGAGCUCGCCGUGCGCCAUGGCCACCUGCACAUUCUUGCGCAUCUGCAUGGUCGUCGCCUCUGUGAGGCGUCGUCUGUGGCGCACAUCGCUUUGCUGGACAUUGCCGCCGCGAACGGCCAUGUGGCGAUCGUCGACUACCUCCAUCGCCAUGCGCUGGGCACUUGCAGCGUCGAGGCGAUGGACGCUGCAGCGACACACGGUCACCUCGACGUUGUGCGCUACCUGAGUUUGCACCGGCACGAAGCGUGCACGGUCGCGGCCUUUGAAGGCGCUGCGUGUCGAGGCCACGUCCACAUCGUCCAGUACCUCUUGCUGUUCUAUCCCAUCCGGCCUCCUCGGUUUGCGUGGGACGUGGCGUGCGCCAACGGCCAUGACGACGUCGCCGAGCUACUGCGCCCGUACAUGUCGCUUCCGUAG